CCCAGAUUUUUAAAGAUGUUUAAAAAUCUGUGAGAGUGAGGUACCUCGAUACCUUUGAAAAUCUGCCCUACGCACUAGAUCUGCAGAUCCCUAGUAAGGUUUCCUUGCCCGCUCCUCUCUGCCUGCCCUGAGGGGCCGUCAGCUCUUGUGCUCAGCAGCGUCUCCCCUGAACAGCACAGCGGUGUCCCUUCCCUCGGGUAGGUGCACAUGUGAGUGUCUACUGGAGUCUGGGGCUUGGCCUGGUCAAACGCCUACCAUCCUCGCCUUGCAACCCUGCGGUGCCCGGGGCGGUGUCAGGCCCUAGAAAGGCCUCUCUAUAUCGUGCCACUAAUGGCUGCCCACAGGGCUGGGGAUCCGCCUGGCUGAGAAUCACUCACCUCGCAGCGAGUGUCAGAGGUCAUUACAGCUGACAUGUGCGUGCAUCCCCCACCGCCCAGGCAUGGGAGCUGGGGGUGGGAUCGUGCCUCCCUGCCAACCCUCCUGCUCAUUACUGGAUGCGAAAAUAGCCCAGCAGCCCCACACCCCUUCAAAUCGCUUCUAGAAAUAAAUCUGUUUAUGAGAGAGGGCUGUAAAACCACAAGGACGCAGCCUUUCGUGGGGUUGCCUGUGGUUGGGUGAGGCACGCCAGGGCCCAGCAAUCAGUGCGGGAAGGCUAUUUGUAACUUUCCUAGAGAAAAGGCUUCCCUUGUAAUUAGCAAUGCACAUGGUGCACUGCCUGGGCUGUCAUUUACCACGGCCCGGUACAUAAUGCUGGGCAAAUACAGCUUUCAACCCCACAAGUGCUCAUGCCCUGCUAGCUAGCGCUCGGCCGGGAUCAAGCCAUAAACAACACCAGCAGCUGUGUCUUCUCUGCUCCCGGAGUCAUGUCUAUCGCACACACGGCGGCCGAGUACAUGCUCUCUGAUGCUUUGCUCCCGGAACCGAGCGGCUCCCGAGCCAAAGGCCUUCGCCUGGAGUUACCGAGCGACCGCGUUGUGAAGUUUGUCACGGUGGGGCUGCCCCUGGUCCUGGUGUCCCUGGCGUUCGCGCGGGAGUUUUCCACAGGGACCCAGAUCAGCUGUUUCUCGCCCGCCAACUUCACAGGGAAGCAGUCUGCAUACGUUGAUACGUCUUGCUGGGAUUCCUUGAUCCACUAUGAAUUUGAUGCUGCUGGAAACACUACAGCCAAAUCCCUCUGGACUCUCAAGGCCUUCCCCUACUCCCUGCUGCUCAUCGCGGUGGCCAUGUACCUGCCCUCCUUGUUGUGGCGAUACACAGCCGCGCCUGCACUGAACAGCGACCUGCUCUUCAUCAUCGACGAGCUGGACAAGUCCUACAACCGCUCCAUCCGCCUGGUGCAGCACAUGGUGAAGGUCCACCAGGCCAGCACGGAUGCCCGGCUCUUCUGGGAGGAGUUUGAGAAGGCCCGCAGGGAGCGGUACUUUGAGUUCCCGCUGCUGGAGCGGUACCUGGCCUGCAAACAGCGCUCGCACUCCCUGGUGGGCGCCUACCUGCUGCGGAACCUGCUGCUGCUGCUCCUCAUCACUGCUACCUGUUUCUACCUGGGAUUCCUCCACCUCCACGUCUUUUUCCAAGAUGAAUUCAGCUGCUCCAUCAAGACAGGGCUCCUGCGGGAUGAGCCCCAGGUCCCCGAUGUGAUUCCCUGCAAGCUGGUCUUCUUCUCUGUCUUCCAGCUGAUCAGCCUCUCCAACGGGGGUGUCUAUGUCCUCCUGGCGCCUGUGGUCAUCUACAACAUGCUGCAGCUCCUCCAGUGGGACAAGCGCCUCCUGUCCAUCUAUGAGAUGCUGCCUGCCUUCGACCUCCUCAGCAGGAAGAUGCUGACCUGCCCCUUGAACGACCUGAACAUCCUCCUCCUGUUCCUGCAGGCCAAUAUCUCAGAGCUCAAGUCUUUCAGCAGGCUGAACGCGGUGUGCGCGCUGAGGGAGGUCACCUCCAGCCCACAGCACAUCGACACUGUGGUGGAUUUCAUGACCCUCCUCGCCGGCCUGGAGACGUCCAAACCGAAACACCCGGCCUGCGCUGCAGGGGCCGAAGGAAACACUCCUCCUCCAAGCAGCGAGAUCCUGGAAAUGAAACCCACAGGAGAAGCUAAAAGAAAUGCUGACCCCAAGCCCAGCCCGCCUGGCUCUGCCUGAGUGAAGGACCCUGACAGAUUGCUGAGCAGGGAUGGGACGAUCACAGCUCCCCUGCUGAAAGAUGACAAGAUGUUAGAGGACGACUAACAAAUGUAACAAUCAAAUCCAUGGGGUGAAUUCAGGCCACAGCCCUAUACUCAGCUACCGCUCCAGGAUCGGCUCUGCACUCAUCCCACCCAUGUAAUCAUGGCUGAAACUGUUCAUGACUCUAGUUAUUUGUCAGAUCCAUUGAUCAGCGCCCAUGAAACUGGUUUUUAUCUGGACCAGUGUAAUCCUCACCCUGCCAUUCUCUUGGGUCCAGCUGCUCCAGUGCAGCUGUGGGGCCCGAUUCUGGUUUUAUAGCAAUUCUACCCCCGUGUAACUAUGGAUGCCAGAGGAGAUACUCCUGAUUUCCUCUAGCAUAAAUGAUCUCAGUGGAGUUACUUUCCCCACAGGAAGUGAGAGUACCAGUGGGCCAAGGGGGCUGAGGAAGCCAUAUUCAAAAUUAAGUAGAGGAAAUGGAAAAUGGUUCAUAAUUAAAAAGUAAAUGCCGUGUAUUGCUCUUGCUUUAAAGGCGUUUGGAUUCUGCGGAAGCAGGCUGCUCUGAAGGAUAGUAUGGUGCUAGACUAGAACCCACCAGCCCUACACUCGGGACUACAACCCAGCUGGCCGGGCACAUGGUCCUGGCUCACUCCCUUGCCAGCUGUAGGUGUCAGGCUUUAAAAGCAGCUAGAAACAAGAGAUCAG